AUAAUAUUCAUAUUCAUAUUCAUCAUCUCUUCACUUGUUUUGUUUCCAAAUCUCCUAGUUGAAGACAAAAUGCCAGAAGUAGUCCCAAAUUUCUCUAAUUCAGUGAAACUCAAAUAUGUCAAACUUGGCUAUCAAUACCUUGUUAAUCAUAUUCUAAUAUUUUUGUUUGUCCCUAUUAUGGUUGGUGUUACCAUAGAGGUAUUAAGACUUGGCCCUGAAGAACUGCUAAGCAUUUGGAAUUCACUCCACUUUGAUCUUCUUCAAAUCCUUUGCUCUUCUUUUCUCAUUAUAUUCAUAGCCACUGUUUACUUCAUGUCCAAACCUCGAUCAAUUUAUCUAGUAGAUUAUUCAUGUUACAAAGCUCCGGUUACCUGCCGAGUCCCAUUUUCAACUUUCAUGGAACACUCUAGGCUCAUUUUGAAGGAUAAUCCCAAGAGUGUCGAGUUCCAAAUGCGUAUUCUUGAAAGGUCUGGCCUUGGAGAAGAAACGUGCUUGCCUCCUGCUAUUCAUUAUAUCCCUCCAACACCAACUAUGGAAGCUGCUAGAGGUGAAGCAGAGGUGGUCAUAUUCUCAACAAUUGAUGACCUAAUGAAGAAAACAGGGCUCAAGCCCAAGGAUAUCGACAUUCUUAUUGUCAACUGCAGCUUGUUUUCUCCAACUCCAUCUUUAUCAGCUAUGGUAGUGAACAAAUACAAGUUAAGAAGUAACAUAAAAAGUUACAAUCUUUCUGGUAUGGGAUGUAGUGCUGGUUUAAUCUCAAUUGAUUUAGCUAGAGACCUUCUUCAAGUCCAUCCAAAUUCAAAUGCUUUAGUUGUAAGCACUGAGAUUAUCACACCUAAUUAUUACAAAGGUUCAGAGAGAGCAAUGCUUCUACCAAAUUGUUUAUUCCGUAUGGGUGGUGCAGCCAUACUGUUGUCCAACAAAAGGCGCGAUAGAUACAGAGCCAAGUACAGAUUAAUGCACGUGGUCCGAACACAUAAGGGUGCAGAUGAUAAGGCUUUUAGAUGUGUAUUUGAACAAGAAGAUCCACAAGGGAAAGUUGGUAUUAAUUUAUCAAAAGACCUUAUGGUUAUAGCAGGAGAAGCUUUAAAAUCCAACAUUACUACAAUUGGUCCUUUAGUUCUUCCAGCAUCAGAGCAACUCCUUUUUCUCCUCACAUUUAUUAGUCGGAAAAUUUUUAAUCACAAGUUGAAACCUUAUAUUCCGGAUUUUAAACAAGCGUUUGAACAUUUUUGUAUUCAUGCGGGUGGUCGGGCUGUUAUUGAUGAGCUUCAAAAGAACCUACAAUUGUCUGCUGAACAUGUAGAGGCAUCAAGAAUGACAUUGCAUAGAUUUGGUAACACUUCAUCUUCUUCACUAUGGUAUGAGAUGAGUUAUAUUGAGGCUAAAGGGAGGAUGAAGAAAGGUGAUAGAGUUUGGCAGAUAGCAUUUGGGAGUGGAUUUAAGUGUAACAGUGCUGUUUGGAAAUGUAACAGAACAAUAAAGACACCAACUGAUGGACCAUGGCAAGAUUGCAUUGAUAGGUAUCCAGUCCACAUUCCAGAGAUUGUCAAGAUCUAAAAAUAAAACCUAUAUAUAUUAUGAAAAAGAAAAUAUAUCAGGAUGUUCAUAGACCUUGGUCAGUUGGUCUCUGUUAGUAGUAUGCUAUAUAUGGUGGUUUUCUUUUUCUU